AUGCACUCUCACAUCUAUGACCAAUUGCCGCGAGUAUUACCCAGUAGACGCAAUCUCGGGACGAUCGUUUAUAACCCCACCACCACCUGGGAGACUCUCCAGAUCAAGCAAUUGCACGGGUUGCGGAAGCAAGAUCUGGACAUGUUGGUACGGAUGCAGUCGGAGUAUAUGGAGCGGAAAAACAAUUCUGCUGGCGAGAUGAACACCGUGUACAUUCCUGUGAUUCCCCAUUUAUCUGACGCCUACAUCAACUGCUUCCUAGAGGUGAAGAUCCCAUACGUACAUAUCAAGGACUUCUUGAAGAGUCAUUCGCAAGGGCAGGUGGAGCGGAAAAGAGAGCUCUGGGGCGGAUAUGCGGGCAUAUACACGGACGACUCGGAUCUUUUGUACGUGCUCUGUCAUCUCGGGCUUUUCAACAAUAGUUUGGACUUGACAGAAUGCAAUGCGGAAUGGGUACCUUCGGAUGUGACGCGGCCGGCAACCGUGCACAGAGAUCAAGACGGUAUCGAAUUGCUAGACCUUUCCGUCACGCUUCUUUUGUUGCCAAGUCUAAACGCGUACAAAGGAUUCUAUCGGAACCGUCUAAACUCGCGGUCGUGGCAGAGCAGCGCCGCCGUGCACAGCGGGCUAUCUAUCGCAGUCCACAAUGUGAAAUGGGAGACCUUUCUUCUGUCGACAGCAGAUCGAGCGCUCAAUAAAAGAGCGGUUAGCGAGUAUAUCGAUGACAGAAAUGCUAGUACACAGAUCCUGGAGCAGAAAAACGGAUGGAAACUCGACUUGCUGCUUCGUAAAUCCAAACACGAUGUCAAGGCGCAAGCGCCUGGCGCCAGCUGA